AUGCUGUUACGACUCGACCGUCUCACACGAGCUCCGGGUGAAGUAAAAAAAUAUAGUCAUUCACGUGUAUUUGUUGAAUCGGCCGACAGAGUACAGGCGGCGGCCGGAUGCACCGCCGACUCUGCCUGGCCGGGCAGCAAUGUAUCGCGUGCGAGUGUACUUUUCCACGCACGAGGCGCGGCGUGGCCGUCGCUCGGUGAGGCGCGAUGGGAGCGCGGGGAGAGGAGGGCCGGCGGGCGGCAAUCGAACGAGGCCACGCGCUCGCGGGAGGGAGCCGACGCCGCUCGCCCUCCCCGCCGGCCUCGCCGCACUCCCCACGCGUCCCUUCGUCGAAAUAUACCGACCUACGUACUAAUUCUCUUUAACCUAGAAAUCUCUUAUAUCGCACCUCGAAAGAUGAAAUAUCGAACUGCGGGGUCUAUCCUAAUUAACAUUAUGGACAAAAAUACAGGCAGGUUUAAGGUGUUCCGCUAUCGCGCGGCGACAACCGACGAGCUCUUUAUCAGUCGUAAGGGGAGCGGGCGGUGGGCGCGCGAUGUGCUUAGAGAUAAUGGCAAAAUUGUGAUGUUUUUCUUAUAUUUGCAACAAAUACGUUUUGCAGGCGACCGC